CCACCCCUCCCUCUCGCCUUUUCUUCUCUUUCGGAUCCCUCCGCAAUCUCCGGCCCGUCCCCAGAAAUUGAUACGACGCGAUGGGCUCGAAACCGAACGUGAUCAUCCUUGGCGGGGUCAACACAUGCUCUAGGGCGUUGGCCGCGCUGCUUGUGCCAUUAGAAGGGGAGCCGCUGGUUGGACAUCUCCGAAUCGUGGACAAGUUCUCCGUCGCUCCACCCACAACGUACAUCGGUUCCGAGUUUCCCAAGAUACUGGAGAAGCCAAAUGUAGAGUACCGUCAGGCCAACUUGACGGUUGCUGCCGCCGUUGCGACCGCGUUUGACCCUCCGGAGGGGCAGGCCCCGUAUGAGUACGUGUUCGACUUGACGGGCGAAACGCGACAUGACCGACCGGAAGGAGUGCAACUCAUGCACACGUUCAACAUCUCGCGCUUGGUGGGUCUCGAGGCGGCGAAGCGCAAGGUCAAGGCAUACGUGCGGCUUCAACAUCCGUUCUACGAAUCGUCCGAAAAGGGUUCGCAUGAAGAGAAGGAAGACGUCAAGCCGGACGGAAUUAGAGGGAUUUGGUGGCACGAAACGCUGCGCAUGUUGGCUGCUAUCGAAGGGUUGAACCUGGUCGUUCUCCGCAUUGGAUACGUGUACGGCCCAUAUACGGACUUCGGCCGCAUCUGCACUUUCAUCACCGUGGCCGCUGUCUAUGGAUACAUGAAGAAGCCCAUGAAGGCCCUACACCCGCCGGGAAAGCAUCCCACCAAUACCGUACACGUCGAUGACGUUGCGGGAGGCUUGUGGGCUGCUGCUCUUUGGAUAGCCGGCAUCGGACGCAAGGAAGCGGAUGUUAUUGCUGGCGAGGAGCUCAGGUUCCAUAAUGAGAAGAGUAAGGUUAAUGACGUUGAUGGGAUGCUGCCGCAUGAUGCGAAGGCGAUUGCACCCCUCUUCAACCUGGUCGACGACAAUGAAACGACUCUCCUCAAGGCAGGUCAGACGGCCACGGCGUUCUUCGGCACCACCUUCGACUUCUACAACUUCGUGAUGAACACCAUGGCGAAAUUCCGCCUCGAAGACGUCGUCGAGGAGAUCAACGAACAUCAUGUCGGCGGGUGGACGGAGAUGAUCCAGAAGUCGGAUCCGCCCAUCACGAAUACCCCGCUCACGGGAUACAUGAGCACGGACGACCUCCAGAAGCACGUCGUGGCGUAUAGCAACGCCAAGUUCAAGAAAGUCGUCGGCUACACCGUCAAGCACCCGCACAUGGGACCUCCAGAACUGAGCGACAUGAUCGACAAGUGGAAGGCGGACCACGUCUGGCCGAACGUCCCCCAGCAAUGAUAACGAGCGAACGCCAGAACCACGGGAAUCUCUCAUCUAAUACAGUAACUUUGUUUUCUUCUUCUUUCUCUUCCUGAGUUAUUGUUGCCGUUUUGUUUCUUGCUUGUGUAUCUCUCUCUCGGGACCCGCAGAAAUCGGUAAAGUUUUCCGUACUAGCUUUAAUCAUCUACACCUAAUCGUCACUGUCGUUAAUAAAAUAAAAUGCUGUUGCC